UCCUUGGAGAGAUUGAAAAAGUUAUCGGAAAAAGUUUCAAACGAACGGUUAGUCGUAGACGUCAGUUGUCGGAGGACGGAAGAUGGUUGGACGGUCGCUAUGAAUAAGUGGCAAGAUUUAGAGUCACUCGAUCUUUUCUCUGAGUAUUGCAGUGAAUUCCUCAUUCACGCGGCGGACGUCGAGGGUCUGUGUCAGGGGAAUCGGGAUUGACGAGGACUUGGUAAAAUUUCUCAGCCAAUACGCAACUAUCCCGACAACGUAUACCGGAGGUGCAAAAUCAAUCCAAACUUUGACCUGGUCGAUCGACUAUCAAAUGGAAAAGUCGACCUGACAUAUGGAAUGUGCGUCUUUGAAGAACGUCUCUUAGUCGAAAUAAUUGUAAACAUGUACGGUCAGCUCCCUGGAUAUGCUUGGUGGUUCCUUAGUUUCGUUCGAGGAACUGGUCACACACAGCCUGAACCCAAGUCGGACUUGGUUCAUGCUUGCG